AGUAGUAGUAGUGGUAGCAAUAGUAGUAGUAGUAGUGGUAGCAAUAGCAGUAGUAGUAGUAGUAGUGGUAGCAAUAGUAGUAGUAGUAGUAGUGGUAGCACGAGCAAUAGCAGUAGUAGUAGUAGUAGCACGAGCAAUAGCAGUAGUAGUAGUGGUAGGAAGAGCAAGAGUAGUAGUAGUAGCACGAGCAAUAGCAGUAGUAGUAGUAGUAGCACGAGCAAUAGCAGUAGUAGUAGUGGUAGCAAUAGCAAUAGCAGCAGUAGUAGUAGUGGUAGCAAUAGCAAUAGCAGUAGUAGUAGUGGUAGCAAUAACAAUAGCAGCAGUAGUAGUAGUGGUAGCAAUAGCAAUAGCAGCAGCAGUAGUAGUAGUGGUAGUACGAGCAAUAGCAGUAGUAGUGGUAGCAAUAACAAUAGCAGCAGUAGUAGUAGUAGUGGUAGCACGAGCAAUAGCAGUAGUAGUAGUAGUAGUGGUAGCAAUAACAAUAGCAGUAGUAGUAGUAGUAGUAGUGGUAGCACGAGCAAUAGCAGUAGUAGUAGUAGUAGUGGUAGCAAUAACAAUAGCAGCAGUAGUAGUAGUGGUAGCACGAGCAAUAGCAGUAGUAGUAGUGGUAGCAAUAGCAAUAGCAGCAGCAGUAGUAGUGGUAGCAAUAGCAGUAGUAGUAGUAGUGGUGGUAGCAAUAACAAU